AUGGACCGCGUUUUGGAGCUCGACUUCGGCUUCGAUUCCAGAAUCCUCGGCAGCGAAGGAGAAGAAGAAGAAGAAGAACAACAACAACUAACACCCACUUUCGAUGAAACUCAGCCCCAGCAGCAUCUAGCAAAGGAGAAAACGAAGUACGCAUGGCUGCAGGAGCUCGCCGAGCACGCCGCGGACUCUCUUCCCAAGCUGAGAAAAGUGACACUGAACGAACGUUGGAAACACCCCCAAGGUUUCGCACACGUGCCGUUCCGGUGGGUACUACCGACGCAUCUGGAUGAGUUGUUCGAGAAGAGUGGCGUCGACGUGGAGGUUUGGAUGAGGAGGCCGAGCGAUUAUGGCAAUUUGGACGAGCGGUAG